CUCGACGCAGGGGUCGGGUCGGAGGGUCUGUGCACAGCGCCCCUCGCUUGGCCAUGGUGGUCUUGGAGCUUCUAAGGCUGAACCUCCUGCUGCAGGCAGCCGCCUUCGACCCAGGCCGAUAUCCCCAGCUGCACUUUGAGGCGCUGUCGGAAGUCCAUGUGGAGCAGCUUCAUGUAGAGCCUCCGGUUUGGCGUCUCCGUGGCUUCCUUAGCAAAGAGGACUGCCAACAGCUGAUUGAAGAAGGCCGUAGUGGCCUGCGACCCGAGAAGGUCUACACCAAGAGCCGAGUCCUCUUCGACGAAAAGAAGACUCAGCCCGUCGCCUUCGUCUCUCCCCUCUUAGCCUCAGGUGCUUACGUCUUUCACGAUGGGGAUCUGUUCUGGACCUGUGGCGCUUUUGUGGCGGGGCUCUUGAGCACGAUCCUCUUGCGGGAGUUGGUGCGUUGGUACGUUACGGAGGUUGCCUCGGCCAACGGCCGUGGUGGCGCGAGGUUUCGCGGCUUGAAGUGGCAACUGGGACCCUUGUUGCCCGGUGAGACUGAGACGGAAGGAGCCCGGGCUCGGCUGCUGGACCGUGCCCAGGCACUUUGUGCCGUGCCAGACAGGCAGUUCUUAGAGCCGCCCUUUCUCACUUGCUACAGGCAAGGCGAUGGCCAGAGCCUGCACGUUGACUCCAAGGAGCUGCCUAAUGACAAGUGGAGCCCCCAAGACAAGGCGAACUUUGAGGCCAGUGGUGGGCAGAGGAUGGUUCAGUGCUUGGUCUAUUUGAACGAUGUGGCGCCGGAACACGGUGGAGCCACAGCCUUUCAUCAUGAGGCCAUGGCCAGUCGUGCCCGGCAGGAGGACCUCUCGCAGAAUCGGUUUCUCAAAGCACUCCGUGCCAGCUACGAAGGUGGCAUUUAUCGACAGGCAGCUGAACGUGGCGAGAGGACUGUGAUCUUAGUGCCAUGUGCAGAGUGCUUGGAGGCCGAGCACUUUGGCCAGUCCUUUCUGGAGACCCAUCUACUGCAGGCAAGUGCGAUGCCAAACUGCUACAUGAACCUCCUGGGACAGGGCGUGGAGAUCAAGGAGAGUAGCGUCACCACGCAGCUAGGCUUCCAGGAGCAUCGCAUUUGCGAGGUCUUGCAGAAUGACUCCAUGUACGAUCUUAGCAAUACCUUUAAAGUCUUGGUGAUCGACAAGCCAUUGAUCGGCAGGUUCCGCCCGCUGGCCGCUGAGAAGAUCGGAGCAGAGAGCGGAUCCUUAGACGAUUUGUUGCUUCACUCGCCGGCGAUCCAGGGGGAGUUCUUUGACGAGGUGGAUCGCUUUCGGAAGACCUUCGUACAGGUGCCGGGCUGUGAGAACCGAACAGCUGAAAGGAUUCGUGAGAUCGUCACUGAUGCUGUGGACAAGCUUAGUAGGCAGCAUCAGCUCAACGCCACCCGGGCAGCGCAGCUGGAGUUCGCCGCCAGAAAAGCCCAGAACGGGCCACGGCAUCAUGCGUUCAACAUUGGGGGCCGUAGCCAGCUGGCAAUAUUUUUCACAGCGGCAGGGCCUUGUAGCACGUUCAUCCCAGACGUUCACAAGAUGAAAUUUGAGUCACGCCACAUGUCGCUUGAUUUUUCCUGUUCUGAAACCCGGAUUGAAGCAUCCCACAAUCAUUAGGGAAGAAUCGGGAAGAAUGGCUGUGAAAUUCAAGAAGAUACAGAGGAAUGUGUUGACGACAGCACAUCUCUCACAGGUUUUGCCACUUGACGGACUCAGACCAAGCUUGAAGAUCGACUCGCUUCCUUUGCUCUUCGCGGGAAGUUCCAGUGAAGGCUUAGGACAUCUUAGGACCCCCUGAUGCUCCGUGGUUCCGCUGUUUGUCAUGGAGUCCCGCAAACAGAGUCUUGGACAAUUUUGGUACUGUAAAUAGUUUUUGUUAAUCUUGUUCGAUUGUUUGCUCUGUAGGAGGGUUCAAGGACCACAAGCUAGGAACGUGGUCAUAUUCUUGAAAUGUGACCUAUUCACUUUCUUGUUCGGACUUGUGUAGAACAAAUCAGUCUGGAAAUUGAAACGAGAUGAAAUUGUCGGAACAUGUCGUCGCAAGGUGAGCCGACAAGCCUACACCGCGCCCGCACACCCAGUUUUGACGCCAACUCGAGGGACCAGAGGGACGUGGACGGAGGGACAGGACGGGCCAAAGAUGGCCAUAAGGGAUCGAAGUAGUGUUUGAAACAUUUUGGACACAGCUUAGCUUGGAUGUGUUUCUUUUGUCAAUGUCUUUGGGAACAGCUUGCGGUCAAAGACCGCAGAAAGCUCGAAAGUCAAAAAAGACUUUAUUUGGUGAGUUUGGCGCUGCUUGCAGGACAUUGUUAGCAAGCAAAUCUGGUACAAUGAUCUCCACUUUGUUCUCUAGGAAAGAGCUUGGAAUCAGAAGACCAUCCGGUAGGAUCUACCAAGAACCCCCCAACCCCAUAGAUUUGCCUUACUUGAUGCCAUUCAUGUUGUUUCUACCAUGACCAGUGGUCCCAAGAUUUUUUUUGACUGCACCCAAAACGAC